GGGAAGAGGAGAAAUAACUGAAAAAAAAAAACGAGUGUGAUAUAGAGAUUGAGAGGAGGAGGAGGAGAAAAGUUAGGGAAAUGCAGAGAGAUUGAUAGGGAAACAAGAGUAGGAGGGAGAAAAAGCAGAGAAAUAUGGAGAGAGCGAGAGGAGGAGAGGGAGGGGCAUAAGGCCUUAUCGGCGAAUCUAGUAAGAGAGAGAGAGAUAGGAGACGACGAAAAAAAACGACUAUUAUUACCAAGUUAGUUCUUAGUUUUGCCGGUGGAAGUUGGUUUUAGGUGUCGGCAGUGACUUUAUACACGAGCCUCUGCUGUUAUUGUCUGUCUGUGUACGUCUGAUAAAAACUUUCCUCUUGUUUUUCUUUUUUUUUUCAACUUUAUAUCGUUAUUAUUCGGAAGCUGAGAAGCCCUACGCCUCAAUUAACUUUAUAUAUCAACCACAGUGGAUUAUUACUAUUAUUAUUAUUAUCCUAACAACUUGUGGAAUACUCUGUACUGAUAUUUACAAAAGUGAGUUUAUUGAACACAGGAACAUAUAUAAAUAAACAAACAGAAUCUACAUUCUUGGAUCUUCCAGUCUUUCAUACAUAUUUUAAAAGGAAAAACUAUCUAAGGAGAUAUAUAAAUAUACCAACAACGAAAUCUACGGAUUCACCUUGUUAUAGUUGUUACCAUUCGUUUGGUUUUUGUUUCCUCGCACAGGUAUCGACCCACUACUGGCGGGACGAACUUCUAAUGAUCUAAGCAUGUUUUGAUUGAGUUGGUGAAACUUUAAACAAGGAAAUUAUCACCCACAAAAAAAAAAGCCCUACAAUGGCUAAUCAAACUAAUCGAUUGACACUAGUGGGGCUAGUGAUUCUAUGUUUUUGCCCAUUAGUAUCUAGUGUAUAUUUACUGGGCACCGAGACAUCUUAUGCCCAAUUCUCGCUUUGGAAUAUAUGUUUAAAUUCCAGUUUGUCUUUUAGUUUCAAAACUUCUCAACAAUCCGCUCUUCUCAUGUACACAGAUGACAAUGGAGUAAUGGACUUCUUUCAGAUCAAUCUGGAGGAAGGAAUUAUAUCAUUGACUAUUAAAAUUUCCAAUCAGCCCGAUGUGUCCCAAACUGUGAAAAUAGUUGGACCGUUUCAUGACAAUCAAUGGCACAGUGUUACGGUCAAGCGAAACAGUGAAAUCACUAGUUUCACGGUUGACCAGACCACGGAACAUAUGCGCUUCGAAGGAACUGACUUCUUGUUCGGUUCGGAAAAGAUCCAUAACUAUGUAUAUUUCGGAGGUAUGCAGGAGCUUGACAAUAGUAAAGUGUCCAAUCCAGAAGCGAAAUAUUCCAAACGUUUCAAGGGAUUCGUUCGGAAUGUGAUCUAUGGAAAUUGUUCUUGUAUUCCAGUCCGUGCCGAAGUUGUCGGUGGAAUAGAUAUGGAUGAUGGUGAUGAUGAAACAUGCAAAAAACCUUCGAUCUGUGACAAAGGGUGUAUCUGCAUUCGAACGGAUAAUGGAUACGGCUGUGAUUGCGUUUACCGGGAAACAUGUUUGGAAGUUCAACAACCAGCUAAAUAUUAUCUUCCGAUGGAUGUAUUUUCCAAGGGUCAGCUAGAUCCGAAUUCUGGACUGGACGCUACUGUUUCUGGAUAUCCCAUCUUUGGACAGGGUGUUAAGAACAAGGCCCUGUAUAUUCAAAACAACCAACACAUUCGAAUAAAUGGCCUCACUCACCGUUUCGAUUGUGUCAUGGACCUUGACCUAUGUCCAGCUGGUUACACAAUCAGUAUGUGGAUGAGUUUCCGUAACCCUACAUACAAAAGACAACUCUUCAUGUCAAGUGGUGCCCAUCUGGAAAAUUCUCAUGGAAUUGCCAUGUACUAUCGUAAAGGAGUUUUAGAAUUUGUAUUCCGCAACAAAGCUGGCUUAGAAUGGACUGAGAAGAGUAUGAACAUUCUUCCUUACCAUUGGUAUCAUGUGACAGCUACUUGGAGUAAAUUACAAGGUUUAAAGCUCUACGUUAAUGGAAUCAACACACAUUCAAAGUCCCAACCACCUAAACAGAAAAAGGCAGCUGAUAGUUCCCCUAAUUCACAACCAAGACAUUUCUACAUUGGAUGUUCAGACACACAGUGUGCUAAGUUUGGCCAAGGUAUCAUUAUCGUUGAUGAGUUCCGGUUCUGGCCAAAAUAUGUUUCAACCAAACGAGAACUCAGACAACUAGGAGCCAUUUUCCAUUAUUAUUUGAAUAUGGAUAAACAGCACAGAAACGAACUCGAUGUGAAAUAUCUGGAUGCUAAACUACAUGACAAUGCAAUGCUCUCAUUAGAUUCCAAACUUGGUAAAGCUCUACACCUUGGUGGCAAAGGAGAUUAUGUGUCUCUGAAACACAAAAGAGGUACUUGCCUGAAAGACACUUCCAAAUGUAUGUAUGGUUUCAUGAUUUCAACAUGGAUUAAAUUCAAGAACCUUUCUGGGAAACACUAUUACAUGUCAAGUGGACCGAAAGGAUUCACUAUAUAUUCCGUGGACAACGAACUCUUUGCAAAGGUAAUUAAUAACAACCAACUUUGGAAAGUGUGGACUGGUAAUAUCAAAACUGGAGAAUGGUAUUUCUUAGAAAUAUCAUUUCACAUGAAGAGUGGUUUGUCUAUGUACUUGAACCAGCGUCUUGUAGGUUCCCCUACAGUGUCUUCCCAUAAGAUUAUUGGUUCCAUUCAGCAGGAUGAGAUUUAUAUUGGUCAAAAUAUGGAAGCAAUGUCAUCAACUAUGUUUCCAGAAGUUGCUAUUGAUGAAAUGGAUAUUUACCUUGCCGACCGCGAUACUCUCAUAUUUAUUGAUUUCAUACAACGAGGACGCCCUAAUAUCUACUAUUUCCCUUUUGAACGGAUGGUCGGUCAAAGAAUUUCACACCCUAGCAUAAGAAUCCAGUCAUAUGGUAACCCUCAUCUUGUGACCCGCAAAAUUGGAAAAGCAAUCCAGCUGAAUGGGAGAUCGCAGUAUAUUGAUGUCAAUGAACACCCACGUAUGUGUUUGGGUAACUUAGAUCUCUGCCCACAUGGUUUCCUAAUGUCAAUGUGGUUGCGUCUAAACAAGACGCUCAACAACAUGGAUUAUUUCUCUACAGCCCUCAACGGUCUCUCUUUCAAAUACAUAAAUGGUAAGUUCAAAUUCUCACUGUCUACGUCUUCCAGGAAAUGGACGGCCAUUGUUGAUUCGAAAGAGAUUCCAGAAGGUGAAUGGCGCUUCAUUGAAAUUUCCUGGCAUCCAACAACUGGGCUUGUGAUCUAUAACAACAACAGGCUUAUUGCUCUUGACAAUUCUCAUGGCGUCAACGCCGUCAAGAAGACAAACUACAAGUACAACACUUAUGAAGACAGGUUUUACCUUGGGAAAGGAAAAGAUCUGGUUGGCAACACAGUGUUUGGGGCCGUAACCUUUGAUGACAUCAAGUAUUGGUUUGGUGACCGCAACUAUUUAUUGAUGCAUGGAUAUAUCAAAAGAGGUCGACCAACUAAUUACCUCAUUGACAUGGACAAAAUUGAUGGCAAUGUACUAACCCAUGAUAAGCUCUACAUCAUGGCCGAAGGUAACCCACACCAGAUCCCAGGAAGAAUUGGAUAUGCUUUAAAUUUCAACGAGAGUGGGCAGUACUUGAACUUUGGCCGACUUGACGACGUCUGUUUUGGAAACCUUGACAAAUGUACGCAUGGAUUUUUGCUGUCCAGUUGGAUGAAGUUCGGAAAUUACCAUAACAACAUGCAUUACUUUGCUUCAGGUGACGGAGGAAUAUCAAUGUACCAAGAUAACGGUUAUUUACACGUAAUUUUCAUUAACUCGAAAAAGAAAUGGAAAAUCCAAGUUCCUAACCCGGAAAUGGACACUUGGCACUUUGUCGAACUUUCCUGGCAUCCAGAUACAGGAUUAAAAAUGUACAUUAAUAACGAGCUUGUUGGAUACUCUGAAGGUGUCAACUUUGAUAGAAGCCUUACAGGAAAUAAGGAAUUCUAUAUAGGAGCACCAAGUACUGGUUAUGGAGCUAACCCUAACUUUGCUAUUGAUGAAAUGGAAAUAUGGUAUGGCAAUAGAGAUAAUCUGGUUGCCUUUGAUUACAUCAACCGAGAUGGCAGUAGGCCGGAGCCUUUCUCUAUGGAGUCUGAAAAAAAUCACAUUGUUGAAAACUCUCACUUUAUUAUCAAUUUAGUCAAUGGUGCUAAUGUGGUCGAAGGAAAGCUCGGCAACGGUGUAACAAUGAAUGGAAAAGGUCAGUAUGUACGUAUCAAUGGUAAUAUGAAGGAUUGUAUUUACAAUCUCAACCAUUGUAAGACUGGAUUAACGCUUGGUCUAUGGCUAAAACCAUUUGAUCUUAACGGCAAGAAAUAUUAUAUUUCAAGUCCAGCUUACUCGCUGUAUUCGAAGGAUAAUAUCCUCUAUGCUAAGUUCCAAAAUGCAACCCAUUCUUGGGAAAUGUCCACCCCUAAGUUUAAGGGAAACGUCUGGCAACAGGUGGUUAUGAGUUGGGAUCCAGCAAGGGGUUCCAAGUUGUAUAUAAACCAUGAGAAGGUUGCACAAACGACAACUUCAAAACCUUUCAUGCAAGGUGAUACACCUGCUGAAGGUAUAUACAUCGGUACCAGUGGAAAUAAUGUUGGACGGUUCACACCUGAUUUUGAUGUUGAUGAAGUGCAAUACUACAGAACAAGCGUCAAUGGAAUCCUUGAUGGAUUUGGACCAUUUUAUGUUGCUACUGAGAGUCCUGAAAUUGUAUUCCGUUUUGAUCGACUGCUUCUCCCUCGUGUCAACAUGGUUGGUUACCCUGAUCUCGUUAGCAGUGACGAGGGCAAUGUCAUUCGACUAAAUGGCCGGGACCAAUAUAUCGAUCUGGGCAAUGAUAUAACCUGCGGCGGGGACUUAGAAAACUGUGUUGAUGGCCAUGUGAUGCGAUUGUAUGUGAAAGCUGAUAAACUUAUUGACAACACAUAUUUCCUUGACAGCUACCCUACAUCAGUUUACUAUAAAGACGGCCAACUCCAUGCUGAAAUGAGAACAGCGACUCAGACCUGGCAUGUAAACACUACAGAGUUUGAAGCCGGAACAUGGCAAUAUAUUGAACUUGAUUGGUACCCAGAUGUUGGUCUGAGACUGUUCUUGAACCGGAGAGAGGUUGCACAUGAUACUAUUCCCUACUUGCACCAGAAACGGCCUACUUCAUCAAAAACAUACAUUGGUCGUUCUCUAAAAGACAGCCUUAACAGUUAUUAUUUCAAUGGUUUUGUGAAACAGAUGGAACUUUGGCGAAGAAACCGAAACUAUCAUAAACCUAAGCCUGAACAGACUAUCACUCUAAGUGGAAACAGUUACUAUGGUUUCAACAUUUCUAUCCGGAAUAAUACUCACCAUGUUUCUCCAAAUAAGGAACAAUUCAAAUUAAAAUUCAAGAAUGAUCUUUCUCAAAGGGAAGGUCUUUUAUGGUAUGCCCUUGACAGCUCACGUAAAAUAUUUUUGUACAUCAAAGAUGGUGACCUUUUCCUGAUUAUCAUUGGGGUCGAUGGUCAGAAAUACAGAUGGAAGAUGAAGAAGCCAAGUAAUGUCACAUUUAAUGAUGGCAAAAUGCACAAUGUCCUCUUACGAAGAGAUGGCCACGAGGUUUACUGGAGUGUUGAUGACAUCUACAGACAAGCUUUCAGUCUGCCAAUUUCCAUCAGUCUGUUACGACCCAAGGACUACAUCUUCAUUGGUGGAACCCCUGACAACAUUGACUACACCUCGUCAGAGGUUGACAAAAACUUCAAGGGCAUUACAGGCAAUCUGAUCUACACAUCCGGCCGAUAUGUUUUGGAUAUUCUGAAUAUGAACCCACAGAUUAUCCACGGAGUCCAUCCACCAACGACCCACACACCCAUAGACAUCACUCCUUCACAGAAGCCACCCAAUACGUUCUCGCCAAUAACGUUUGUGCGUCAUCAGAGCUAUGUGGAGACCGAUGCUUGGGACAUCUCCCAAGGCGGGCAACUCAAGUUCAAGUUCUACACCAAUGACCCUGAAGGCUUGAUGUUCUACAACGGUGACCCCCGCUACUACGCGGCUGUUGAAAUAUCUGAAGGAAAACUCUACUUUGUCUAUAACUUUGGCGAUGGCAGCAAACGAAUUAGUUUCUUUGAUGAUAUUGUCAAUGAUCGACAAGCCCACGAAGCCACCGUUACAAUAAACCCUUUGAAGACGUUUCUGAAGUUGGAAUUGGAUAACAAGAAGAAGAGUGUUCGUCUGCAACUCAACGAAAGACAAAAUCGACCGCUGCCAGGUCCUAUGUAUGUUGGUUGGGUACCAAAUGCUAACAGACUGCCAUGGGACCUUUGGGCUAAGAAAGGAUACCAAGGUUGUUUGCUGAAUGUGCAGAUGAACCAUAUCAGAACCAACCUUCUCAGUAAUGUGGGAAGAUUCCAGCUCGGUCGCGCCAUCGAUGCACGUUGCUACCCUAUUGUACCCCAGUGUGACAGCACAACAUGUAAAAAUGGCAACUGCAUUGACUACUGGAAUGGUUAUAGUUGUGACUGUACCAACGAACCUUUCACUGGCCCCAAUUGUGGUCAAGCUGCUCCUGUCACCAUGUUUGAUGGCACCAAAGGGGCCUGGGUUAUCUUUGCUGAUGCCAUACGCUCUCAUACAAAUGAUAUUUCCCUACGCUUCAAGACACAUCUCAGUAACACUACCCUGUUCCAUACGACAGCUGAAAAUUCCACAGACAGUGCAAUGGCUGUACUUGAAAAUGGAAUUUUGAAACUUAUUAUAACGGUCAACGGCCAAAGAAAGGUUCUUCGGGCUGGUUCUGAUUUGAAUGACCAGAAAUGGCACACCAUGCAGCUGAAAAGGAAGGGGAACCAAUUAUAUCUUAAAGUUGACAAUGGCAAAGCAAGUGAAGGUCAUGUUGAUGGUAAAGGAUUUUAUUUCAUCAUGAAGCGAUUGGACAUUGCAUCGGCAAAAGGAGGAAGUCCAGAUGGCAGCUACUUCGUUGGUUUCUUGCAGAAUCUUUUCUACAAUGGACAUGAUGUUUUCUCCAUGGAACAGCGAGAACCUCGUACCACUCUUGUCUUUGUCAACAAUACUAAUCGUCUGCCUUCUAUUGUCUACAACCCUAUCACUAUUUCAAACAUCAAAAGUUUCGUUCGUUUACCAAAACUGAAUUCAUUAGGAAACAUUAUUGAAUUAAUGUUUAAAACUAAAGAGUCCAGUGGAAUCCUUCUCUUCAACAAUGGUAUGAACAAUGAAUUCAUUGCACUAGAAAUCUUCAAACGUAAUCUGUGGCUUGUCUAUGACACAGGCAAAAACCCAACAUCCAUCCAUUUGAACUCCCUUGAUGUUAGCGAUGACAAAUGGCACUCGGUCAAGAUUAACUUUGUCACACCCCAGCAGAUUAUUGCCCACGUUGAUGGUUCUGAGGUGAUUUAUAACCAACAGGCUUCAGACAAACUUGAUUUAGAUGGUCCUCUUUAUCUGGGUGGCAUACCCAAGUCAUUACUGAAGGGGAAAAUUGCUGAACAAUUAAGUUCUACGCAUGGAUUUAAAGGCUGCUUGGCUUCUAUACAUCUGAAUGACAAACCUGUUGGUAUGGGUAACUUGGCUGGUAAAGGUUCCAGUAUCAAAUCUGGUUGUCUUGCUAUAUCUACCAUCUGUCAAAAGACAACUUGUGCCAAUAAUGGGCGAUGCCAUCAGGGGCCGACUGGUUAUCUAUGUGACUGUGACAAAACUGGUUACACAGGUACCAGAUGUACCGAACAACCCCUUGGUUACUACAUUGGCAAGAACAAGCUGCAUGGUGUAAUAGUAUAUACCUACCCCCCAGAUAAACGUAUCGACUCUUCAGAAGAGGAACUUGCUUUAGGCUUUAUGACACAGCAUACUAAUGGUGUAUUGACUCGUAUUGUCAGUAGCGUCAACGAUGACUUCAUCGAAAUACGAAUGGUUGAUGGCAAAAUCCAGGCCAUCUAUGAUACAGCUGGAAGUAAACAUAUCUUAAGCAGCAUUGGGAAUUACAGUGAUGGACAAUAUCACACAUUGUACUUCACAAGAAAUUUUACAGACUCUGUUUUGUUAAUAGAUAAUAAUGAAAGUAUUACCAGUGAAAACGAAGAUACCUACCCAGCUGGCUAUUUUGAUAAAUUAACUACAAUAACUGUGGGUGCAGCUGAAAAGAUCUCUGCUAGUGAAUACAAAGAACCGUUUUAUGGUAUCAUUGGAGGUUACAAUUUCAAUAAUCUAUUCCUGUUUAACAAUCGUAGAAAACUGACAAUAUCAGGUGAUGCCGUCAUUGCAGACAUACCAUAUUCUCUUUCAGGGAGAACAGGCUCAGCUACAGAAGAAAUGUCAUAGCUCCAAACAUUCAAAACUAAAAGGUAUCCCUAAACUUGACGACGCCAACUGGGCUGGAACCAAGAAUUCCAGUCACUGUACAUUAAUUCUGACAGAAGGAGACUCAGCCAAAUCUUUGGCUGUAGCAGGUCUUGGAAUUGUCGGCAGA